UGGCUCUUCAACCUCGACCGGCAGUCAUUCCUUUUCAUUCUCCCCACGCAACACCGUACAAUGGUAUGCAGCGCCUUGCUUCAGCCAUCAUGACAUCGGUAAAACGGGUUCCAAUCCCUGCUCGCGGGGUCGAUUACAGAGGCAAGAUUGUACUGGAAUCCAGCGCCGAUGGUCAGAAGUGGAGAGCUUAGUAGUCGUCUUUUGGCUCUUCAAUAUGGAGCAGAUCUUGUGUGGGGCCCCGAAACUGUGGACAGAUCUAUGAUAGGAACGACACGCAAGGCCAAUGAACAUCUCUCCACAAUAGACUUUACUCGACUACCAUCUCAUGGCUCAAAGGACCCUCGAAAGGAUCAGAAGGAGAGUCUGAUAUACCGACUACACCCGGAGAAGGAGGGGAAGCGUCUCAUAUUUCAAAUCGGCACAUCCGACCCAGAACGAGCUGUCCAAGCAGCAAGGAUUGUCGCUGCGGAUGUUGCAGGAAUCGAUGUCAAUGCCGGAUGUCCCAAACCUUUCAGUACAAGUGGCGGAAUGGGAGCAGCACUUUUGCAAACACCAGAUAAACUCUGCUCGAUCUUGGAGGCCUUAGUUAAGGAGAUAUCUAUGGAGUUCGAGAUUGGGAUCAGUGUUAAAAUUCGAUUGCUGGAGACGGCCGAAUUGACGGAGGUACUUGUCCGAAAGCUUUGUGCGACUGGUAUUACCGGAUUAACAGUUCAUUGCCGAACGACUCCUAUGCGACCACGCGAAAAAGCCAUACGGGGACAACUGAAAAUGAUUGCGAAAAUCUGCCGGGAAAACGGGGUGGCUUGUCUUAUGAAUGGAGAUGUUGAGAACCGCGCACAGGCAGAAAAAUUGAUCACUGAAUUCGGGGUGGAUGGAGCCAUGAUUGCAACAGCUGCCGAAACAAACUCAAGUUGCUUCAGGAAUGAAGUUGAUGGUGGAGCGGCUCCGUGGAACGAAGUCGUUGAGCAAUAUAUCAAGACUGCACUGGAAGUCGAAAACCGGUUUGGCAAUACCAAGUAUUUGCUCAAUCAUCUUAUUCCAGGAAAGCAGCCUGUGUACAGAGAGGUCACAACUAGCAAGAGCUAUCUUCAAGUCUGCCAAAUGCUUAAACUUGAGCAUCUCGAGACUAAAGCCAAGGAGAUCGAUGAGAAGCUUGGCAUUACCCCAGAGACCCAAUCUCAAGGGAGAAGAGGGAAAAAGAACAAAAGUGCGAUGGCAGCUGGUGGUAAUCAAGCAAAGAUACGGUCAAUCGAGACAGAUGAGAAGAAAGGUCUCUCCGAAAGAGGAGUUCAAAAUCAAGCUGUUGUGACUGUGGAUAUUUGAAAACACAAUCAGAUCUGGACGUUAUGAAGGAGAAACUGUGCAUUAGAUUUGGCUAAUCUCGAUAAAGAAUACAAAGGCCAGGGAGAUAUACUGGUAGAUAUCCCGGCGCAUGGAGCUUCUAAUAUGGGAGGUCAAUAAAUCUCUCAGCAUAUCAUAGUGUCCGUGUACAUAAAGUAGAGGUCCGUCUCCGAAGAAAUCUUCUCUUCCACAA